CGGGGCGAGUUCGAACUCCUCCCUCAAAUGACGUCAUGAGAUGUGCUCUAAGUGUAUGCGCCCAACAUGCUUCCGACGAAUGACGGAAAAGUAAUUUUUUUUUAUAUUUCUUUAGAACUUCUUGCUGUGGGGUAAGAGAAACUACAUCAACUUUUCUGCCAUAUAAAAGUAAGGAAUUUCGUCGAGAAUUUCAAAUCGAUUUAAAAUCAUUUGACGGUUACAGGUUUGGGAAUAGAAACAAUUCUUUCCUGUUUAUUUAUAUCUGUUUGAACUUUAAAAUAUUUCUUAAAGAUAAGAGACUUAAACCAACGUAGAAUUUUAACGCACAGUUAUGUCUUGCUUUUUCCACAUUGGAACUCUGUUGUUACUCUUUGUCAGCUGGAUUUCAAGUAUUCAAGGAUUGGAUAAACCAGAUUGCUCGCGAAUGGUAUUUCAUCCGAGAUGUAGGGGUAUCAGUGCAAAGAGAUCAUCUAGGACGCCAUACUUUGAUGAAGCAGAUAAGCUUUAUAGUCCGGAUGACAGCACAGAAAAUUUUAACUGGAAAAAUGACAUUGACAGUGACAUUAUGGAAAGAAUAAUGAGAAAUGUUGUUUAUUCUAAAAUGUUCAAGAACCAUCCGAAAUCUUAUUACGACGAAGAUUUGGAGAGGCGCUAAGAGAUAAAAAAACCUUGGAUAUUAAUGGUGGUGCGCUGGAGUGCAAUCGCACAUCUUAGAAUAUGUAGAACAUUCUUUUUAUCUUCAAGAUCCUCCCUUCCCUGUCAUCAUUACAUAAUGUAUUAGAGAUACUUGUCAUUGUUGUUACGCAAGCAAUCAAAACAUAACGUAUUGAAUAUAUCUCGAAAUAAAAAACACUUUGUCACUGAGAAAUUUUAAUUUUUUACUAUUAAAUUAGUUGGAAAUAAAA